CUUGAACCUAAAGUCUUGAUGCAUAUGGCCUUCGCCACUUCAGUGUGUCUAAAUGCGUGUUACCUUUGUCUGUUCUAGUUUCCCAAGAACUCCGUCUUGUACGCUCCUGAGGGUUUUGCUCUUCUGUGAUUGAUUCGCCAUGUCUGGCCGCGGCAAGGGUGGUAAAGGCCUCGGAAAGGGUGGCGCCAAGCGUCACCGGAAGGUGCUGCGUGAUAACAUUCAGGGUAUCACCAAGCCCGCUAUUCGGCGUCUGGCUCGUCGUGGCGGAGUGAAGCGUAUUAGUGGGCUGAUUUAUGAAGAGACUCGUGGCGUAUUGAAGAUCUUUCUGGAGAAUGUCAUCAGAGAUGCAGUCACCUACACUGAGCAUGCUAGGCGCAAGACUGUGACGGCUAUGGAUGUUGUGUAUGCCUUGAAGAGGCAGGGGCGAACCCUUUAUGGUUUUGGCGGCUAGAGCGUAAGCUGAGACUGCGCUUAGCUUUUACGGUGUUCUUAAACACCACCAAUUUGUGGGAUUAAGCUUCUGUAUUUGAUUGAUAUCUUUGCAGGUCUUAGUCGCUCCUGUUGGUGAUUAUGUUUUUGGUGCACAGCCAUGGGAUUUUCUCUGUUGGUGCUCUCUCUAAUUAUCCUUCAAUCUCGUUAUUUUCGUCCGAUUGUGUGCACUUUGUGUCUGAAGGUGAAUGUGGACAAACACACACCACCAAGGUCGCUUCGAAGUGCGAUUUGUGAAUUUUUUUAGUGUUCACACUUCAACCCAAGCUCUGCCUCAUAGGAACUCGAAGGCUACUUUGUAUUUGCGAACACACAUAGCCUCUUUGUGUGCUUACAUCUAUACAUUACUCCACUCUCUCUAGCGUG